AUGUCACGCACUCGUAUAUCCGAGCCAUUUAAUUCAUCAAAUACCAAGACAAACAUCUCUGAUUAUUCAGGUUUUAACUCGGAUCCCUCUGAAGAUAGUGUGAGUGAUAAUGAGGAAGGAAAUGAUGAAGAAAAUGAUGAUAUGGGUGCAAUGUUUUCUGACGAUGGUGAUGCUGGUUAUUAUAUGGUUUAA